AUGACUUUCAAGAUUCACCGAUGCGAUUUUCCGCUGCGAGCGCGGAGAACAUCAAGCAGCAGGACGGUCUGGCAGGAAACCAAUCGGGAGAAGAUUCCACGGUACGUUCUUUUCAGACGUGAACUUGAUGAUUUUGUGAAUUGAUACGCAUGACCUAGUGGAAGCACUUUUGCAUAUUUCAUCUCGUCCGUCCUGUGCGUUGCCGCACCAGAGUCGAAGAAAUGCAUAACGUGAAAGUUGUGAAUGACAAUAAGUAAGUACUUACCAUCUCCAGGUGGGCAAUGUCCAGUCGCGCCCGUCCUCCCUGUUCUCGUUCAAGACCGCAGCCACCAUGGGUGACGGGGGGGAGCAGGACGAGGAGGAGGAGAACAAAAUUGCAGCCGAACUGUUGCUGGACGACCUGGACGACUUUCAGUAUCAGUACGAAUCCGGUUCGCUUUGGGAGCGGAUCAAGCGGAUUGCUUUUCCAUCAUCCUCCAACGAUGCGUGGCGGUCGGUCCUGAUGGAUCCCGAUGCCGUGGAGGGGGAGGAAACGUGAGGUGAUCGCGGAGGGGAAGUAGAAAAAGGUUAGACGAUUUAAGCCGAACAGGAGUAGUUCAUUUGUUUAAUUGAUGAAGCAGCUAAUGCAGUUAAAUAAAUAAAAGUAGAGAAAGAGUCUCGAGCCUCGUCCGCAGCGGACGGACCGCUAGAAGAGUAUCAAUAAAAAAGUACGUACAGGGAUGAACUGAACUAUCGCUUUCCGGAAAUGUAAAAGUGACUCAAUAUCAAAUAAAUUUAUCACUCAAAUAUAUAUCAGGAGCAGUCUCUCUUUCUUCGAAUCGAACUCUGUAAAAAAACGCGACUGUGAAUGUAUCGAACAAUAAGUAUAGUUACUUACCCGUAUUAGCACGUACUUACCCCGGUCCCCAGACUCCACCUGGCUUAGAAAACGCACACGAUGUCUAUCUAAAUCAGUUUUGUAUGAUUACAGUGGACAGUGACAUGGACUUCGAUGCAUUAUGACGGUAAUAAAUGUUUCUCUUUGAUUCUUGUAUACGAAUUCGAUGAAGUUUCCGAU